AUGACGUCUGCUAUCGCAAGAGCAUGUGAAUCUGUCAAUGUAAGUGCAGCCGAUCAUCCUCACUAUCGUACCCAGAAAGGUGAGAUAACCACGAAUGUGCUUGCCAUCUGUUCACCAAUUGCUAAGUUCAUAUUUGUGCUGCUAGAGUGGAAAGGGUCUACAGCCGAUUCUAGAGUGCUUAGGAAUGCAAUUUCUCGACCACACGGGUUGAAGGUUCCUAAGGGUAUAGACUUUUGUGAUUCCAUUGUCUGGAUUCAAGAGCAAAUAGUUUGCCAACUAAUUUUCUGUAUAUCAUGCCUAGGUUAUCAUUACCUAUGUGAUGUUGGAUAUCCCAAUGUUGAGGGAUUCUUGGUACCAUAUAGAGGGGAGCGGUACCAUCUUUCAAAAUGGUGUGGUGCUGGAAAUGCACCGACUAAUCCAUGGAAAUUUUUUAAUAUGAAACAUUCAUCCGCUAGAAACUGCACAGAAAGAGUAUUUGGCGUACUCAAAGGUCGUUGGGCAAUACUACGUGCAAAGUCCUACUACCUAGUUAAGAUCCAAUAUAGAACAAUAACAGCAUGUUACCUACUGCACAACCUGAUAAUGAGGGAGAUGUGCCAGACUACAAUGCCUGGAACAAUUGAUGAUGAAGAUUCUACAUCUAAUGAGCUCGACGAUGAAAAUAUACAAUUUAUUGAAACAUCCGACGAAUGGACCAAUUUCAAAGAUGAGUUAGCAAUGCGAAUGUUCGAUGAAUGGGAACAAGCAUCAUGA